AGUGAGUCCAUUCUCAAAGUCACCAUCACAAUUGCUUGGUCUUUUCUCCUCUUCACUCUCACUUUUGCUCUUAGAAAUGCAGUCAUUAACUAUUUCUCAUACGUUUUUUCCGACCAAAGUUCUGCCGGUCCCCCUCAUUUCUACCCGGACUUCAACUUCUGCUCUCGCGUUACGUGUCCGUACAUUAAAAUGCUCUUCAUCUCUUGUUAUGGAUGAGGACAGGUUUAUUGAAGCUUCUAAAAGCGGAAACUUGAUUCCUCUUCACAGAACCAUUUUUUCUGACCAUUUGACACCGGUGCUGGCAUACCGAUGUUUGGUGAAAGAAGAUGAUCGUGAAGCUCCAAGCUUUCUAUUUGAGUCGGUUGAAUCUGGUUUUCGUAGUUCUAGUGUUGGUCGGUACAGCGUGGUGGGAGCUCAACCAUCCAUGGAAAUUGUGGCUAAGGAACAGAAUGUGACUAUAUUGGACCACCACACUGGAGAAUUGACCCAGAAGAUGGUCCAAGAUCCCAUGACUAUUCCAAGAAGCAUUUCCCAGAAAUGGAAGACGAGACUUAUCGAUGAACUUCCUGAUACCUUUUGUGGUGGAUGGGUUGGUUACUUCUCAUAUGACACAGUUCGGUAUAUAGAGAACAAGAAGUUACCAUUCCUAAGUGCUCCAGAGGAUGAUCUGAACCUCGCAGAUAUUCAGUUAGGACUAUAUGAGGAUGUCAUUGUGUUUGAUCAUGUAGAAAAGAAAGCACAUGUGAUCCACUGGGUGCGGUUAGAUCAAUACUCAUCUCUUCCUGAGGCUUAUCUUGAUGGGAAGAAACGCUUGGAAAUAGUAGUGUCUAGAGUACAAGGAAUUGAGUCUCCAAGGUUAUCUCCUGGUUCUGUGGAUUUCUGUACUCAUGAGUUUGGACCUUCAUUAACCAAGGGAAACAUGACAAGUGAGGAGUACAAGAACGCCGUCUUACAGGCAAAGGAGCACAUUGCUGCAGGAGACAUAUUUCAAAUUGUUUCAAGUCAACGUUUUGAGAGAAGAACAUUUGCUGAGCCAUUUGAAGUAUACAGAGCAUUAAGAAUUGUGAAUCCAAGCCCGUACAUGACUUACAUGCAAGCCAGAGGCUGCAUUUUAGUUGCAUCGAGUCCAGAGAUCCUGACACAUGUAAAGAAAAGAAGAAUUGUUAAUCGACCAUUGGCUGGGACAAGCAGAAGAGGGAAGACACCUGAUGAGGAUGUGAUGUCGGAAAUGCAGAUGUUAAAAGAUGAGAAACAAUGCGCGGAGCACAUCAUGCUGGUUGAUUUGGGACGAAAUGAUGUAGGAAAGGUGUCAAAACCUGGUUCUGUGAAUGUUGAAAAGCUCAUGAGCAUCGAGAGAUAUUCCCAUGUGAUGCACAUAAGCUCCACGCUACUGCAUGUGUUUCAAAACUCAGAACACAGUACAUUUGCUUGUGCAUCGGUGCUAGUCUUGAUGCAUCAUAUUUUUUAUGACUGGUGAUGUCUGGUCCAACUCGACUAUUCCAUCGAGUACCUGCUACCUCCUACCAACACAAAUACUGAGUACUCUGUCACAAUGGCUUAGGCAGAUGGAAGAAAAUCACCUAGCAUUGUGUUUUUUUUUUUUUUUUUU